UCAGUCGUGCGCUAAGCGUGGCAAAGUCGACAACUCGGAUAUAAAAUUGUGUCUUACACCUACGAACGUGGUCAACCAGCGGCUUAAUUGAAAAACAAUUAAAAUGUUUAAAAGUCGCCGUGUUUUGUUGUGCAGUGUUUUUUCGUUCUGGGCUUUGCUUUGCUUGUGGCACAUUGGCGCAGCGGAUGAUGCUGCCGCGGGAUUAGUUGUAAGCAGACCUGUCACGGAAGACUGCCUGGAAUGUCUAUGCGAGGCGCAAAGCGGCUGCAAUGCGACACAGAUCUGUGUGAAUGGGGCGUGUGGCAUCUUUCGGAUCACUUGGGGCUUCUGGAAGGAAGGUGGUGCAAUUACGUUGCCCAACGAUACCUCACUGUCGAACGAGGCCUUUACGAACUGCGUGAACGAUCCGCACUGUGCGGCAGACACAAUUCAGAACUAUAUGUACAAGAACGGACAGGAUUGCAAUGGAGAUAAUGUCAUCAAUUGUCUGGACUUUGGUGCCAUACACAAGAUGGGCAAUCUACGGUGCCAGGACGAGCUGCCCUACACCUAUGGCCGGAUCUUCAGCAGAUGCCUGAAAAGAAAAGAGCGCGAUGCCAAAAGGACGGCCAAUCGAACAGAUAUUUAACUAAAUAACUUUGUCUUUAUUGGGUAUUGGGUUUGUUUGUUUGUUUGUUUGUUUUUCGAAAACAUUUAGUAAUACACAUUGCUUAUGUUUGCCAUUUGAACAACUUUCCAAUAUAUGGGGCAUAGUAUCUAUAGAACUAUAGUUCAGUUAUAGUUGUAGUUAUAGUUAUAGUACAAUACAUAGUAUAGUAUAGUAUAUAUAUGUUAGAUAGUAGUAUAUUUGGUUUGUUAUAUGCAAAACUACUUUAGAAUUCUUUUCAAUAAUUUAACACGUUCCAAAUUGUUAACGCUCACUAAAUACUUGUCUUUAUGGGAUUCAAAAGAGUUCUUAACAUUAGAUCGGUUUAAUUUGUUCUCGUUUUCUUUUGCUUUAGCUACGCUUUUGCAGUUGGUUUGUUCCAUUCGGGUUUAGUAUUAAAAUCUAUUAGGCAUAGAAUUGAAGUUUGAGUGAAUUGAGUUUUAAUCUCUUUCGUUUUUAUUUUUGAGUUUUGUAUAACUUGAACCUUAAGUUUAGAAUCUGUUUAAAUUGUUAGUAUUCAUUAAAAACAAUUGUUUGGAACAACCUUUCAACUUA